AUGCCUCACUACGCCGUCGAGGGACCGAGUGGAUCGGAGGAGGCUGGCCAUUCCCCGCUCAUCCGGUCCAAUUCGACAGAUCCCCAUUCAUCCAACCCGGCCACUUCCCGGCAGCAAGACCCGGUCGCCCCGCCUCAAUCCGGAAACAAUCAGCCAAACACCCACGACGUCCGCCCGGUUGACCGUCGCGAGUUUCAGCGCCUUCAAGCUUCCGUGGACCGGAUGAUGACGCUCAUGGAAACGAUGUCCAUGUCGCAGCACAACGCCUCUUCGGACGCCGUUCCCGCACACCCUCAACCUCCGCCCGCGCAACAAACCCAAUCUGAUCCCCAUCAUCGACCACUUUUCUUUCCCCCUCAUCAACAAACCCAAUCCUUUUCCUCCCACCGCCCCUUUCCCCAAUCUUUCCACCAUGCUCCUCAUCUCUUCCCUCCCAACCCCCAACAACAAUCCAACAACACCCCGCAGUUUCGUUCUCAUCCGGCAGCCCAACUCCCACCGACGGCCCACGUACCACCGACGGCCCAGGCUCGUCGACCAGCUGCAUCCGCUCCUCAGCAGGCUUACGAGCAUCAGCUGGUCGCGGAACCGCCGAAGCUUGAGGAUAUCUGGUUCACGGGCGACUCGGUCCAUCUUCUCCAUUUUCUGCGUUUGGUUCGAAACUUUUUGCGAAUCAACCUGCAUUUUCAGUCCGACUCGCGGCGGAUAGCCUGGAUCGCACAGCAUUUUGGUCACCCUCCCUCCCAUCAUAGCGCGAUUCCGGCGCCUUCCAUCAACUGGUACAACUCAUUGAUUAUCGAAAACUCUCGGCGGCAGGGGGUGUACGGCAUAUAUGAAGAUCAUCACGGCAUACCUUUCCGCCAUGAAAAGCUGGUGAAGAUGCAGUUGGCCUGGAAGGCGGCAGACCAGGCCGACCGCUUGGCCUUGCUCCCUCCGGCGCCCGGAUUCGGCGGCGCCCCCGAACUGCCCUCUUCCGCUCGGUUGCCACCCUCUCAAGUUCCUCGCCAACAAGCCCCUUCCCACCGGCAAGCGCAUGGCCCCGAAGCGAUGGAAGCGGACGCAGCCAGGGCUGUCCCGGCGACCCCGGCCACUCGCGCGCUUCUGGAUGCGUGUCGAGCGCUGUGUCGUGCGCGAGGACGCUGCUUUCGGUGUCUUGCUCCCAGCGUCCCCGGAGCGCACACCGGCGCCGCCGACUGCCCUGAUCUCUUUGUCUCGGCCGCGCGUCGUCAGGCGUUUGUGGACGAAUGCCGCACCAACCCUGGCCACGCAUCUGUUGCGGCUAUCUCUGCCCCACCCGUGCUCCCAACGCCUCUCUCGUACACCGCUGCUUCCCCGACGAAUUUCUCCAUCCACGCGACAGCGCAUUCUCGGUCUCGAUGA